CGAAGCCUCAGACGGCGACACUGAUGUUGCUGCUAUAACUGCAGCAAAGGUGCAACGAGGAUCCACAUCAACAGCUCUGGCAGAGCAGCACAUCUUCAGAGAAAUGCAAAGCCCUCCCAAGCCUCAGUUUGCCAGCUGGCUCAUAGAGCAGGUUGGGACGGGCCAGUACACGGGCCUCCGCUAUGAGAGCCAAACCAAAUUCAGAGUCCCCUGGAAGCACAACUCCAGGAAGGACUGCAACGAUGAAGACAGUAAAAUAUUUCGGGCAUGGGCAGUAGCAAGUGGAAAAAUCAACGAGUUCCCCAAUGACAAGGCCAGGUGGAAAACCAACUUCCGAUGCGCUCUGAACAACCUCUCCGUGCGCUUCAAGAUGACAAGGGACAAUUCCAAGAAUUCGGACGACCCUCAUAAAAUCUAUGAGAUUAUCAACAACGAGUACAACUAUGAAAGUCUGCCAACACAAGACUCCCAGGAGGAUUCUAUGAUGACUCCAGAUAUCUACAACUCCCCCAUCCAGUACUUCCCCUCAGGAAGCGAGCAUAAUCUACUGAACAAUUUUAUGGCCUUGGACCUUGGCAACCAGACAUCAGAGGAGCAGCUGUGGGCAGAAGACUACGGUCAGCACAACCCGGCUGUCCCUGUAAGCUACCCUGUGGCCGCUGAGAACCACCCACAGCCUUUACCAGAUCAGCCUUCUUACUGCGAGGUGAAUCCUCCACCAGUCCUAAGUUCACCUCUGCAGCAGCCAAGUAUAUAUGACCUGGAGAUCUCUAUCCACUACAGGAAAAGGGAAAUGCUAAAGGUCACAUUGACCACCGCCCUUCUCCAGCUCCACUACCAGCAGGAGGCCCCGGGGCCCAAUGUCCAUCAUAUCUGCUUUCCCUCAACAGACAGUCUGCUGGACCACAAACAGGUUGAGUUUACCAACCGCAUCCUUGACAGCAUCGAGAGGGGUCUGUUCCUGGAGGUACGGGACACUGGUAUCUAUGGCUGGAGGCAGGACAGGUGCCACGUGUUUGCCAGCACCAGUGACCCCAGUGUGGCUCACCCAGACCCAAGCAAGCUGCCCCAGAACACCAUGGUGGAGCUCCUCAGCUUUGAGAAGUAUGUAAAUGAACUGAAGCAGUUUAAAGAGAACAACGGCGGCUCUCCUGAUUACACCAUCAACAUGUGCUUUGGAGAGAAGUUCCCCGACGGAAAGCCUUUGGAGAAGAAGCUCAUCAUAGUCAAGGUGGUCCCUUUGAUCUGUCGACACUUUCAUGAGAUGGCCCAGAUGGAAGGGGCUUCGUCUCUUCACAGCGCUAACGUCAGCCUACAGAUCUCAAACAGCCUCUAUGAUCUUAUCAGCUCCGUCUUCAGUCUGCCGAUGGUUGAAGAGCCGGCACGGGCUGCUGCACCUCAGUCCUGAAGCGGUAUCUCUCACACUUGCCCCCGAUGGGGACGAUUUCAACCACCUAUGGGGCCACACUGUUCUCUUACUCAAAGCUUUGCUAAAAAGUAGCCAGACCAACGAACUGCCGCAGCUGGUAUUGCAUACUGUGAGCCGUUGUUUAUCCACCCUCCUUCCUCGGAUUAUCUCCUGUUGACAUUAGUCACAAACUUAAGUCUAAAAGCUGACAUUUGUAUCACUACAUAAGUAGAAAUGAACUCCUCCACUAAGGGUAAGUGGGUUAGGGGUCUUACUCGACUCAAAGGCCAAUGGCCUUGCCUUAGAAUAUCUGUCAUAACUGUAAAUGUCAAAUCAUCACAUAUUAAAAUGCAUGGUUCAAUUGAUGUAUGCAAAUGAUGGUAAAUCCUGUGGUAAAAUGUAUGUUUUGGCUUUUUGAUCACAUAUUUAUGAGCCUGUAAAAUGCAAAUGAAAGUAAAGCUAAAUAUUGUAUGUGGAACUUUUUUUUAUAGGUCAUGCAGUCAUUGACUGCAAUAUAUAUAUAUCCACGUUUGUGGUGAAUUCUUCUGCACUUCAGAACUUGUUAGGCGUUUUUUAUACUCUGCUGGUCGUUUUUGCACUUUUCAAACCGCACUAGCAUGAUUCUCCAAUUCCAAUAAACUGUUUAAC